UUAUGAGUUACAACCUGCUGACUUUGGACCUUACUACCUGUGUGAAGUUCAGCGGUUUUAAUGAGGGAAAACCUGUCCAGGGCCCCGUAGACGCUGUCCCUAAAGCUUGCUUUUGACACAACAGAGUCAGCUGGGUUUCCCCCAGGGGGCAUCCGGAAAAGAAGGAAAGCGAAGUGAAAAGUUGAGCACUUGAGUUGCAGUCACAGAGAAGGAAUGCCUGGAGUCUCUGCUGCGUGGAGCAGCGUCUGUGACAGGAGCACAGGUUCCCGCGAUUGAAGGCAGCUUGAGACAGGACUUUGCUGGCGCCCAUGCGGCUGUACACGCUCUCCAAGCGCCACUUCGUCCUCGUGUUCGUCGUCUUCUUCAUCUGUUUUGGCCUGACCGUCUUCGUCGGGAUCAGAGGGCCCAGAGUGAUCCAGACCUCUGCAGCUAAUUUUUCACUAAAUAAUAGCAAAAAGCUAAAGCCAAUUCAAAUACUUUCAAAUCCGCUGUCUACAUAUAAUCAGCAACUCUGGCUGACAUGUGUCGUUGAGUUGGAUGAAUCAAAAGAAACGUCUAUUCAGACCAGCUUUACCAUGACUGUUAAAGUCGAUGGCGUAGCUGCAGGCGGAACCACCAUGUUCAUUCAUAACAAAGUUCACAACCGGACGAGGACCCUCACAUGUGCAGAGAAAUGUGCAGAAAUUAUCGUGGCUCACCUUGGCUACUUGAACUACACUCAGUAUACAGUGACUGUGGGACUUGAACACCUGCAGCGAGCCGUCAAGGAAAUGAACUUCACAUGGAAGACUUACAACCCUGCGUUUUCCCAGCUGGAAGUUUGGUUCCGAUUUGUCUUUGUGGUGCUCACCUUCAUCGUCACUUGCCUGUUCGCACACUCCCUCCGGAAGUUUUCCAUGAGAGACUGGGGGAUCGAGCAGAAGUGGAUGUCCAUUCUUUUGCCGCUGCUGCUACUUUACAACGAUCCGUUCUUCCCCCUCUCCUUUCUGGUGAACAGCUGGCUCCCAGGGAUGCUGGACGAUCUCUUUCAGUCGGUGUUCCUGUGUGCCCUGCUGCUCUUCUGGCUGUGUGUGUACCACGGGAUACGGGUUCAGGGAGAAAGGAAGUGUUUGACUUUUUAUUUGCCUAAAUUCUUCAUUGUUGGACUAUUGUGGUUGGCUUCUGUUACACUAGGAAUAUGGCAGACAGUUAAUGAAUUACACGACCCAAUGUACCAGUAUCGAGUUGACACAGGAAAUUUUCAGGGAAUGAAGAUUUUCUUCAUGGUGGUGGCAGCUGUGUAUAUUUUGUACCUUUUGUUCCUGAUAGUGCGGGCCUGCUCUGAGCUACGUCACACGCCUUAUGUAGAUCUCAGGUUAAAAUUUUUGACUGCGUUGACUUUUGUAGUGCUUGUCAUUAGCAUUGUCAUCCUUUAUUUAAGAUUCGGAGCACAAGUAUUACAGGACAAUUUUGUAGCUGAACUGUCAACUCACUACCAGAAUUCAGCUGAAUUCUUAUCUUUCUAUGGCUUGUUGAACUUCUACCUCUACACUCUGGCCUUUGUGUAUUCUCCAUCGAAGAACGCCCUGUAUGAGUCCCAGCUGAAAGACAAUCCUGCGUUCUCCAUGCUGAAUGACUCUGACGAUGACGUGAUCUAUGGGAGUGACUAUGAAGAAAUGCCCCUGCAGAACGGCCAGGCCAUUCGGGCCCAGUACAAGGAGGGGUCCGAGAGCGACUGAGCUCCUGGCGGGUCGGCGAGAUGUCGUCAGGGAGCCUGAGGUUCCCCUGCAGCGGCCACUCCCUGGCCUUCCCUCGACCUGCCUGUGAUCAGACUUGUCUUAUAAGCAGAGAUUUCCUGGUCCUUAUUUGUUUACAUAUUUUUGAAAGGAAAACCAGAAGUGAGGACAAAGUUAAACAUUGGGCCAAAUUUGUUGUUAGAGUGGCUGUAUUUAUUUGAGAAGAGAUGCUGAUAAAAAGUUUACACAGCCAAAUCCUUUUUCAAAGAUUUCAGAUGAGAGCGAGCUUGUUUUCAGUGGGAGGAGGAAUUGAUUCCUGUUUUUAGUGAAGAGAAUUAGGUACUUUAAAGAAAAGUCAUUUCCUAAUUCCAAGUUUACGGAAAGCCCUUAGGAAUGGGCCCGCAGCGUGGUAGUAUUCCUCCUCUUUCUUCCUUUCUUCCCUGCUCCAUGGGACCGUUUUUUGACCUUUUAAACUCAAAGGGAAGCCUAUUUCUGUGGCUGCCUCACAAGGGCGGUUCUUCCCCAUUGAGUGGCCCGAGCUCCGGACAACCAAGCAUCUUAAGUGACUGUGUGUGAAAUACUUAAGUGAUGGCUCUAGGGAAAUGGUGGGUGGGCAGGUUAUAGCCCUUCUCUGACACCACAGCAGAACUAGUGUUGUGGGAUCCUGAGGAGGUUUGGUAAGGUUCAUAAGGAAAGGGUAAGGUAAUCAACAAGUUGCCUGCUCCAGUGGGAAGGCCUUGCUGCCAUACAGUUUUCCAAGGGCCUGUGUGCAUGCGUGUGUACAUCCACGAAUAUGAUUGGAUGUCCCUGUGGUUGGGGUGGGGAAGACGGUAUCCAUUACAAUUCCAAUAAAUAGUAGUUUCUGCGACUCUGUUAAAGAUGACACCCUGUAGACCUUUAUUAUUUUUUUAAAUAAAAGCUACACAAAUGAUUGAUAUAACAUUAUAGAUUCUUUAUUGCCAAAAAGUUUUUCAGUUUCACAUUUGGAAACUAGAUGAAGAGAAAGUAAAACAUUUUAGAUGGCCUAGGGGAGAACCUCUUUGGGUAGAAGGUAACGUGUUGGGAAUCAUCCCUGCCCUCCGUGUCGCACACAGUGGUCAGGUAAGCAGACGAAUUGCUCUGUGGAAAAGGGAAGUUGUCUGGAGCUGCUGAAUCUGUGGCAUCCUGGAAGGCCCUGGAGAGUUUCCGGUUCCAUUUUGUCGAAGACGAAGUAUAGAAGUCUGGUAGAGAUGGUUCCUUUGCUUUUCCUUUGACUGCACAAUAUCAUCUUUGUUGAACUGGCACUGUAUGGUUGACAUUUCUGUUCUGAUUGAUGCCAUCUUGGCAGAUGCAGAGGUAUAGGACAUGAUUGUUCCACUCUGCAAAUUGUACCUACAUUUUCUUCAUCUAUGCAUUAACUCUCAAAUUACCAUUCAUGGCUAAAAAUUAUAUUCCACUUUGGGUAGUGCUGGGACCUUCUAGAGGUUCAUGAGACACUACUCAUUAUGACUUCGUAUCUUUUUGAUUUAAACUUUAAUGAUAACGUACCUUUAAUAUGAAUUCCAUUUAUAUUUGUUUUUAAAACCUUGUAAAUAUGAAUGUUUGAAUUAAAACUGUAUUGUUGUAAGGGUAAUUCAAGUUUACAUGGUUUUUACAUUUGCAAUGGUGUGAUUACUUUUUUUGAUUCUGUGUACUCAGAGGUAUUGAAAAAAAUUUUCUUACCGAAUUUUCAACUUCUAUUAAGCCUAACUAUAAAUAAUUUUAUGUAAACUGAUGAAAAUGUACUUGUGUUGAUUAAUGUACUCUAGUAUGUGAUAUAGUUUACAAGUUUUAAUCAUUAUAAUUUCCAUGAUUUGGAAUGCUAUUAUUUAUCAGUAAAUGUAAAAUAUUUGAAGCAUUUAGCUGUACACAUUAGAACUUUUUAAUACUUGUCUUUGUCCUAUAAUGUAAUUAUAAACUGAUGACUGAUAUCUUCAUACAUUGAUUCUUCAUGGCAUCAAGUCAAUGAAAUGAAAAAUAUGGGAGUAUUUAUUUGCUUCUUGUGACUAAGUUGGAGAUUAGAAAAAAAUUACAAAAGUACACACUUUAGGGGAAAACGGUUUUUUAUUAAAUCAUGCAUUUUCAGUU